AUGGCGACCCCGUCGCUGCCUUUAAACGGAUUGAAAGUCAUCGAGUUCGCCGGCCUUGCGCCAGGCCCCUUCGCCGGGCUCGUCCUCGCAGACUGGGGCGCCGCCGUCACGCGCGUCGACCGACCCGGCCACGGGCCCUCCGCCGACAUCCUCUGCCGCAGAAAGCGCUCGCUCGCGAUAAACCCGAAGGUGCCCAGCGGGCUCGCCGCGCUGCGAAGACUCAUAGCGGACUCGGACGUGCUCAUCGACCCGUUCCGCCCGGGCGUGCUGGAGAAGCUCGGGCUGGGGCCGGACGUGUUCCUUGGCGAGGGAGGAUUGAAUGGGAGAUUGGUGUAUGCGAGGGUGGCAGGAUUUCCGCGCAAAGGCGCAUACAGCAGCAUGGCAGGUCACGAUAUCAACUACAUAGCCCUCAGCGGCGUGCUAUCCAUGCUCCCCGGUAAAGGCCGCCCGAACUUCCCCCUCAACCUCCUCGCCGACUUCGCCGGCGGCGGGCUGCUCUGCGCGCUCGGCAUCCUCCUCGCGCUCCUCGAGCGCGCCGCGAGCGGGCGUGGGCAGGUCGUCGCGCUCGACAUGGUCUCCGGCACGCGCUACGUCUCCUCCUUCGCCCUCGCUCCUGGCAGCCCCUACUUCCCCUCCCCGCGCGGAGAAAAUCUCCUCGAUGGCGGCGCGCCCUUCUACGCCGUCUAUACCUGCGCAGACGGGCGCUGGGUUGCCGUCGGGUGCCUCGAGCCCCAUUUCUACACCACCUUCCUCGAGAAGUUCGGAAGAGCGCUUGGGAUGGGGGAGGAGGAGGGGUGGCACCCAAACCCGGAGGACCAGAUGGUCAGGAGUGAGUGGCCCCGUCUGAGGGAGUACCUCGCGAAGGGAUUUUUGACGAGGCCGAGGGAUUAUUGGGCAGGCCUGUUCCACGGCUCGGACGCGUGCGUCACCCCCGUCCUCGCGCCCGCGGAGGUCUCCCUGCGUGCGCCGCUGCCACAUCCGGACCUGAGCCGUACCCCCGCGCGAGCGGGGCGCGAAGGCGAAGGUGAGGCACAAGUGCUUGACCCGGGGAGGGAUACAGAGGAGGUGCUGAGGGAGGCGGGGUUCAGUGCGGACGAGCAAGCGACGCUUGUGAGGGACGGCGCGCUGGGCGAGGUCAGGGCGCGGGCGAAGCUGUGAGGGGUAGGUGGCGCUGGUGAUGAGCGUUCAUUGGGGAGUAGUUUACUCUUAUGCUACGCAGUAUGGUGGAAAGGCGAGACACAACGAGAGGAGAUCAUCUAUGUAUAACCCGAUAUCCAAGCCCAAUAAAUAUCUGAUGGCCCAAGGAGAAGCUCCCUGGGAUGGCCUACGUUCAAGCUCUACACCUUGCCGGUGCCAUGCUC